AUGAAGUUUAUGAAGUACGCCAACUUCUUCUACAAAGGUGUGGGUAUAGAGCCCUAUGCGACCGAGUCUCGACCGCAGGCCAACAGCCUGAGGGCUAACCUCAUCUUCUGGGCAAAUGUGCUCAACCUGAGUGCGAUUACGUCCGGGGAGAUCAUCUAUUUGGGCGUUUCUCUCGCUGAGGGAAAGCUCCUCGAGGCCGUCACUGUGAUGUCCUACAUCGGAUUCGUAAUUGUGGGCAUGAGCAAGAUGUUUUUCAUCUGGUGGAAGAAGCCUGCCUUGAGCGAAAUGGUGCGGGACCUGGAGCACAUCUAUCCCAAAGGAAAAGCAGCGGAGGAGGAGUACAGACUGGACAGCUAUCUGCGCUCCAGCUCCCGUAUAAGUGUCACCUAUGCGUUGCUCUACUCCGUGCUGAUUUGGACCUUCAAUCUCUUCAGCAUUAUGCAGUUUUUGGUCUACGAAAAGUGGUUGCAUCUCCGCGUGGUGGGCCUGGCGCUGCCGUAUACGGUGUACUAUCCAUGGAACUGGGAGGCCCCCUGGUCGUAUUACCUGCUACUCUUCUGCCAGAACUUUGCUGGCUAUACCUCAGCGGCGGGACAGAUCUUCACAGAUCUCCUGCUCUGCGCUGUGGCCACUCAGGUGGUGAUGCACUUCGAUCAUCUGUCAAAGGUGCUGGAAAGCCACAAACUGAGUGGCAACUGGGAAGAGGAUUCACGAUUUCUGUUCAACACCGUCCAGUACCACCAGCGGAUUCUUCGCCUCUCGGAAGUGCUGAAUGAAAUCUUUGGCAUCCCAUUGCUACUAAACUUUAUGGUCUCCACAUUUGUCAUCUGCUUUGUGGGCUUCCAGAUGACAGUGGGCGUGCCGCCUGAUAUCAUGAUAAAGCUCUCCUUGUUCCUGUUCUCGUCGCUCUGUCAGGUGUAUCUGAUCUGCCAUUACGGCCAGUUGAUUGCCGAUUCGAGUUUUAGUCUUUCAAGUGCUGCAUACAAACAGAACUGGAACCAUGCCGACAGUCGCUAUCGUUUGGCUUUGGUCUUUAUAAUAGCCAGGGCCCAGAAAACCACUCAUCUGAAGGCCACUGUCUUCAUGAACAUCACGAGGGCCACUAUGACAGACCUACUGCAAAUAUCAUACAAGUUCUUUGCCUUGCUGCGCACCAUGUAUGUGAAAUAGAGAGAGAGAGGCCAGAGAGGACCAGAACCCAGACGAUGAGAGAUCCCUAAGUCCCUAAGCCCAGCGCUCUGUACCUCACUCAUGCCAUGCUUUCAAAAGCUCAACGGAAAAAUAAUUAUGCGGAGGCAUGGGCUAUGUACACGCAUGUCCAUUCUUGAUGCUUCAGCUC